AGGAGGUCGAGGAGAGGCCAUAUUUAAUGUAGGAAUGAUUGAGGAUAUUAGGGGUUUGGACUUCUAAUUGGGUCUCAAAUCCAAUUUGGAGACUUAAAACUCUCCAAGGAGGAAGAAUUUCAUAUUACCAAGAAAAAGGAAAAGGAAUACAUUGUUGUCUUUCCACCAUUAUUAUCAUCAAGAUGUUUGGCAUCAAUUUGUGCUUCUUCUGCGUAGCUUGCCUCUUCUUCCCUUUCUUUGGAUUUGCCUACUCCAAUUUCAUUUCCAAUGGUGCGCUUGAUGCUGAUCAUCGAUCCGCUGGAGGCCCUAAUCGUGUCCUUCUUCAAUUGAAAAAAGCUUGCAAUGUGAGCUUUCAAGAUAUGGACUACACGAUCUUGACGACGCAAUGCAAAGGUCCAUUGUACCCGAAAAAUCAAUGUUGUGAUGCGUUGAAGCAAUUUGCUUGCCCUUAUACCAACGAGAUCAACGAUGCCAGCACGAACUGCGCAGAGACCAUGUUCAGUUACAUCAAUCUCUAUGGCAAGUACCCUGCCGGCCUCUUCGCCAACACUUGCAAGGAAGGAAAAGUCGGUCUCGAUUGUGCCGCCGGCCCCAAGAAGAAUGGAGUUACCUCCAAUAACGUCCAUCUCUUCCUCUUGCCCAUGGUGGUUGUAAUGUUCAGCAUUGCAGCAAUUAUUUGAUCCUCUUAUAACUUAGAGUUGUUUUGAAGCCAAAAUUUCAAAGUAAAAAAGAUUUGGGUAUGUAAUGAGUCAACAUGAAUGGGCGAUACAUGCAUGAUCUUGGUAAAAGAAACAAAAUGUUUUUGAUGGGAAUUAAUGAAAAACACGCUCAAGGCUAUGGACGACGAUUGAUCCUUCCUUACAUUGCAGGUUUUAUGAUUUAUACAAUGAAUAUCUUACCAGGUAGUUUAAUAGCAUGUUUGGUUCAGUUUCAUAAUCUCUAGUCUAUAGGCUCCAAUAUGUUCAAUCACUAUAUUAGACAUUUUUAAGUUGAUG